GUGCAGCUUCCCUUCCACCUCCAGACGCGAGCGAGGCUCACCUCUCGCUUCAAGCCCCAUCGAGCUGCCCACCUUCCCUUUCUCUCAACAUGAGCUCAUCGCCAUCUCCUUCUUUCGCUUUCCCUCUCCCCUAUAAAUUCUUUCCCAUUCCCCUGUCUGAUCCAUCAAACUGAAUCCAGUUCACCAUGAAAAGGCCACUCUGUUUCAGUUCUGUUUCUUCGCUGUCUCUCUUGCUGGUCCUCCUCCUUCCUCUGGGAGGCUGUGCUUUGGACGACCUCUGUGACGGCGGCAGCCAGUUGGAGGUGGGCGGAGGAGACGCGGAGCGUCCCCUGCGGCUGAAGCUGAUCGCCGUGGCGGCGAUUCUGAGCGCCGGCGGCGUCGGGGUGGUGAUUCCCCUGCUCGGCCGGUCGGUGGGCGCGUUCAGACCGGAGAGCGAACUGUUCUUCCUGAUCAAAGCGUUCGCCGCCGGCGUCAUCCUAGCCACGGGGCUCGUGCACAUCCUCCCCGACGCCUUCGGCAGCUUGACGACGUCGCCGUGCGCGGAGAGGGCGUGGGGGGACUUCCCGGUGGCGGGGUUCGUGGCGAUGUCGUCGGCGCUGGCGACCAUGAUGCUCGACUCCGCCGCCACCAGCUACUACGAGCGGCGGUCCCACUUCAGCAAGGCGCGGCCGCUGGAGGGGGAGGAGGAGGGCGGGGGCAGGGGCAGGGGCGGCGACGAGGAGGCGGCGGCGACGACCGCCGGCCACGGCCGCGUGCGCGUGCACACGCACGCCACGCACGGCCACGCGCACGGCGCGGUGGCGGCGGACGCGCCGGGGGAAGCGGAGCUCGCCGACGGCAUCCGCCACCGCGUCAUUUCCCAAGUUUUGGAGCUCGGAAUUCUGGUGCAUUCGGUGAUCAUCGGCGUUUCCUUGGGCGCAUCUCAAAGAUCCUCCACCAUCAGGCCUCUGCUUGCGGCCCUGAGCUUCCAUCAGUUCUUCGAAGGCAUAGGUCUCGGCGGCUGCAUAGUUCAGGCAAAGUUCAGAGGCGGAACGACAGUGAUCAUGGCAGUGUUCUUCUCCCUGACAGCUCCGAUCGGCAUCUCCCUGGGCAUCGCCAUCGCCUCGAGCUACAACCGAGCCAGCUUCACUGCUCUCGCCGUGGAGGGCGUGCUGAAUGCUGCCUCCGCAGGGAUCCUAAUUUACAUGUCUCUGGUGGAUCUGCUGGCGGCCGACCUGAAGAACCCGAAAAUGCAGCUCAGAGGAAGGCUUCAACUGGGAGCUCACCUCGCUCUCCUUCUCGGUGCAGGUUCCAUGUCCCUUCUCGCCAAGUGGGCAUGAUGCCGAUGCUAGCUAGCAGUGACUGUCUGUCUGGUUCAAAUCGGAAACCACCAAAACGAUGAUGCCUCGAGCUCUGGUCGGAGAGAAAAGGCAUGGAUUGGAAGAGCAAAAUCUGUGCGUCUUUGGAGUACAGAAGAUCAAGAAGAAAAAUGAGGAGGAGGAGGAGGACUAGUUUUAUUUAAUUUUUGAAUCAAAAUCGAACUAUUGGACAAAAGGGGAAGAAGCACAUGAAUGGAACAUACAUACACUCGAAUUAA